AUGAAGAGAUCAAUGAAAUCCGGUCAUCAAAAGCGAACCGAAAGCAAGAGAAAGGCGCUACAACAGUCAGCAAAUGCUCCAGGGCAACGAUCUUUGUUUGAAAUGUUCAGAUCAACAACAACAAAUAGCAGUACUACAACUAAUACCGAAAGGGAAUGCAUCGGUACAACUGAGGAAAGAUCAAAUAAAAUCAUUGAUUUUUCAGGUGAGAAAUCACAACAUGUUGAACUUCCUGAUCCUGUACCUGUUAUGGUCGUUGUUGAAAGCGAUACUGAAGCAAAGGAAACUACGAACACUUGUGGAAAUAUUGCAACUGUAUCAACGUCAAAGUCUGAUUCUAAAAAUUCCAACGACUGGUAUAGGGGGAUGAAGCUAGAUGUCGAUUGGUUGUUAGAUGCUGCGAAGUGCCUAGUGUUGAAGAAAGAAAUAAAAGAUAAAAGAAAGAGACCAACUGUUACAUGCUUAUUAUGUAACAAGUACGAAUUUCAGGUACGAAAGAUGACCUCAAAUUGUCAGUUACCAAUAGCAAACGGUGUACGUGUUGAUGGAAAGGACAGACUUAAGGUGGCUCCAUACACUUUCAUCAUCGGGGGACUGGUACCUAAUCUUGAGUUUCGCGCGAAAAUAUUACAAAUAUAUGCAAAAAUAAAUACAACUUUUUCAGUCUAAAAUCCGAACCACAAGUCAUGGUUAUUUUAAUGUUUCGAGUCAUUUUUGUUCUCAAAGAACAAACUUCGUCCUGAUUUAACCAUGAAUAUUGAAUAGCUAGUCUUUUUAGAAGACAUUUUAAGGUAAAAAAUGCAAUGUUUAACGUUCAAACUCUUGUGAAAACCGGCGAUCGGCCCGACCGGCGAAACGUUUUUUUACUCCAAUAUUUGGCGAUUUAUAAGUUCAUAUCCAGAGUUUUUUGUACUUACAACUGGUAAAGUGUCACUAACAGCAAAGGAAUUCAGUCAAACAGCAUCAUACGCCGGCUCAAACUGUUUUAAAUUGUCAACAACAACAUGAAAACACACAAAUUACGACUGUAAACGAAUAUAAAACUAUGUAGAGAAGCCAAAAAGUUCAUACAUGUCACACAUAUCUUAUACCAAACGACACAAUUACCUCUUUUCUUGGCGUUAUCCCGAAUUAGCAUGCAAAACUAAAGAUAUCUGCAUUUCUAAGCAAGAAAAUACAACAUAUAUUUGAUAUUUCGACGAGACUAAAAACUUUUUUGUGCGUGUUUUUCUGGAGAUGCGCCUGCGAAAACAUGUACGCGCAUGUCAAUUCAUUGAUCUUGCAGAGCUCGAAAAACUUUCGGCCGAGCGAGUGAGAUACCACAAUAAAACGGCAUAAUUCAAAAUUUUGCACGGUGACAUGUGAUGAAAUUUUGCACAACGAUAACUUCUUUUAAAACAAAUAGAAUAUCAAAAUUUAAAAAAAAUCUGUAGAUUGGAAAACUUUAAAUCCGCAAUUUUUUAUUCUGGCUAUUCUAAUCUACAGAAUUUUUUUAUUUUCAGGGAUAAGAUUCCUUAUUAUAAGUGAAAGCUAUACAGCAGUUAAAAAUUGGGGGUCACCGGCAAUAUUCGGAAAAUAAAGAAUAAAAACCUGCUUAAAAUAGCAAAAAAGACCAUAUUUGGCGAGGCUACUGUUACUAUGGAAACAAUAUUAUGUUCAAGAAUAUUGCAAAUUUUUUCUACCAAAUACUUAAUUUAUACUUGGGAAUGCUUAAAAUUAAUAGAUGGAGUGAUAAAAUUUAUAAAUUGAAAUUUUUACGCAAUAAGGUAUUUAUACUACGGAACUGUAUGGAGCCACCUUAAUAAAGUGGAGGUCAAUGGGAUAGACAUAACCGGUGAUGUAAAUAUAGCCCAGGAAUUUAACGACUAUUUUUGUUCAGUUGGGCCUACACUAGCUAGUAACAUCCCCAUUACAAAUACUGAUCCUUUGAGUUAUGUCACUCCAGUGUCAACUUCAUUUGAAUUUCAUGCCAUAACCUAUGAUGAGCUAAUAAAAGUGGUUAAGAACCUCAAAACUAACAAGUCACCAGGUCUUGAUAACGUAUCUACAAAAUUGGUCAAGGAAGCUGGCGACAGCAUAAUACCAUCCCUAAAUCAUCUAUUCAACCUAUCGUUAAGUACUGGAAUUUUUCCAGAAGAUUGGAAAGUCGCCAAGGUUACCCCUAUCUAUAAAUCAGGUGAAAAAUCAGACUGUGGAAACUAUCGACCUAUUUCAGUAAUUUCAACAAUUGCAAAGAUUUUCGAGAAAAUUGUCUAUACACAAAUACUUGAUUAUUUAGACGAAAACUGUAUCAUAUCACCAAACCAGUCAGGGUUUCGAUCACUCCAUUCAACUGAAACUGCACUACUGAGCUUAACAAAUGAAUGGUUAAUAAACAUGGACCAAGGUCUCAUUAAUGGUGUACUAUUCUUAGACCUAAAAAAAGCAUUCGAUACGGUGGACCACAAUAUUCUUUUAUCUAAAUUGACAGCUUAUGGAAUAAAGGGUACAGCACACAAAUGGUUUCAGUCAUAUUUAAGAAAGAGGCAGCAAAUAUGUAAAAUUAACAAAAAAAUGUCGGAUAUAAGAACAAUUACCUGCGGAGUUCCUCAAGGGACAAAUCUAGGUUGCUAUUUCUCCUUUAUAUAA